GGUGGUUACUUAGCAGUCCUCUUUCGACGUCUUGACUUGCAAGAUGACCAAAGGUACAUCAAGUUUUGGAAAGCGUCACAACAAGACACACACRCUGUGYAUCAGGUGUGGAAAAAAGUCUUGGCAUAUCCAGAAAAAACGCUGCGCAGGAUGUGGCUUCCCAGCAGCUAGAACAAGAAAGUUCAACUGGAGUAUGAAGGCCAAGAGAAGAAGUACAACUGGAACUGGAAGAAUGCGCCAUCUUAGGAUUGUACACAGACGAUUCCAAAAUGGUUUCCGCGAGGGACAAGAAGCAAAGUCUCAAAAGAAGCGUGGAGCUGCUGCCCCUCAACCUGCACAGUCAUAAAUCGUGAACUUUGCUCUAAUAAAAUGUACUAAAGAACA